AUGGCUGAUGAUCCCGGAGCAAAUGACGGGCCCCAGAUACCCAAGUACGUCACCAAGGUUCCCUGGUACCAGAAGGAACGCCAAAAGGACGAAAAUGACUACCAUUCGCAUCAUUUGAAGAAUCCUCAAGAUGGCCCAGUGGACUAUUCUGAGGCACAACAUGGACCCGGAUUUCAGGAGUCAUCCGACACAUCAGAACAGUACGACAGCAAGCGAGACCGAUGGCAGGGGUUUGAUGCCUCGGACUAUGUGCAAGUUGCCAAUCAAUGGGACCGUAUGAAAGCAAAAGUAGUGGAUGCUGGUGGACGAGAUUCUGAAGACUAUGGAGUCGAAAUGAUCGAGUUGGGACUCGAGUACCGAGAUUUCCGUUCCAGUGUCAAGCAGGACGUGGAAGAAAAGACGAUCCGGGACCGAAACGACGUUCCAGAAUACAUAAAACGUAUUAGUGCUGGAAAAAUUCGAGCAGACCAGCCGAAUCUCGAUAUCGUUACAUCGGACGACCAAUUUGUACGACCCACCAUUAAAGGUGGCCAUGACUUGGGUUCCGACUUUGAGGCCACGCGUGCUUUUGCCUGGGACCAGGAUCGUAUUUUCAAACAAGAUCGCCAGCAGGUGAAUUUAGAACUGCUGCUUGAAUCACUUACGAGCACCAACGCUUCCAAUAUGCACGCAUAUCCCCAAACCAACCUCAAUGCCAGUAUGGAAGCCAGUCCUACCGCCACGGUGCUCCAGGCUCGCAAAGACGCCGAAAAGAAGCGACAAUCAAAGUUGCAACUGCGCCAGAACUUGCUUGCAAAGUAUGGAGAUGGAACCGCAGAUGAAACCUUAGGUGGGACUGCAGAUGGCUCGGAGCGUGCGGCGAAAGUUGCAACUAAUGGAACACCACGAGUCAUCGACGCGGAGAUUAACGAUGAAAAAUACCACCCUUCGGCGUGGGGAAGCUACUACAAGGACGGGUCGUGGGGUUACAGUUGCUGCCAUUCAACUGAUAAAUCGGCACCGUGCACCAAAAAAUGA